AUGGGCUUAUCACCAGUUAUAUACUGUUUCGAAGGAAGUUCCUUGUUUGUAUCGGAAGGAUAUGUGGCUGAAACGACAGUGGCUUUUCUUUUCUUCCACGUUUUCUAUGGAACACUUGUAACCGUAUUUGGAACAUUAGCACAAUGUUUUUUCUAUCGCUACCUCAUUCUUUGCAAACCACAUCUAUAUGCUCUGAGUGUUACAAAAACUGGAAAAGCUAUAAACACAUUGGUUGCAAUACUUUUCAUUGUUCAUUAUUCUUGGUCAUGUGAUUAUUCGUUACAACCUAGCGAACAAUCUACAGCCUUCUUUAAGAAGUUCAGUCAGGUUAACUAUAUAAACUUUGAGAAAGUAGCUUAUCGGACUACAUCCAUAAACGAUUUGAAAACAGAUAUUUCCAAGUUCGUAACCUUCCUAUCAUUGCUUAUCAACAACUUCGCAAUGUUUUCUAUAAUAUCUUUCUGUGCAUUUAAAAUAUACUACAAGCUUCAUUCUCACAGAUACGACUCUGCUCAGUUAGUUCCAAAUGCUAAAUCUCAUGAGAAAGUUUUUCACAUACUUCUUAUUCAAACAUCAAUCCCAUUAAUAUCAUUUAUGGCACCACUAACCGUUCUUGUUGUCUAUGUGCUUUUCAAAAUCGACACUGGAGUUGCAGCAAAUACGUUUAUAGCAUCAGCAUACCCAUUCUUUGGGAUAUGUUACCCCUUAUCUACACUGCUCCUAGUUAAAACAUACAGUAACUUCAUAAGAUUGAAAGUAUUCAAAGCUCCGCCAUCAUCGGUCAAAGUAUCAACUGUAAUUGAUAAAACAACAACACAUAAAAUAUAA